AUGCUUAAUAAGAAAUCAUUCAAAUCGUUCAAAAGUAUGAACGACGAAAAAGAUGAAUAUGACGACGAUAGUUCGUUAAUCGAACGAGUCCAAGCAUCGUCAACAUCUUCAUCUGCAACUAUCAAUGUUCCAAAUCGAAGUCGUACAAGAGGCUCAGCCAAGUUUCAACAGACAGUAGUAACUACAACAUCAGAUGUAUUAUCGCGUAAAAGUGCACCUACUACGAAGAUGCAAAAUAACACAACAGUCGAUGAAAAUACCAUUCAGAAACCGUUAAUAAUAACAGCAUAUCAUCAGAACCCUUUGUCAAUAAACCCAGAAAAUGGUGAUAUUGUUACGUUAACAGACGGAAUUCGAAAAAAAUGGAAUGGUAUACAAUGGAGAAAACUAUGCAGUAAACCAGCAUGCCCAUAUUAUAUGCAAAGUAAAACCUUAUGUAAACAACAUCUUUUACAACUUCAAAAAACAGAAAGGAAAGAAGCAAGUGAAGAGGAAUCCAUAACAAUGCCAACAAGACAAAUGGAUAUUACAACAAAUGAUGCUGAUUCGAGUCAAGUUUUAAAUGAUUCAUCAUCUAUUAUUCUCAAUUCAACCACAGUAAACACAUCCAAUGCAGCUGUUGAAUUACAGCAGUCAGAACUGCCCAUAAAUCCUGUGAAAGGUGAUGUCAUCAUUUUGGAAAACGGUAUACGAAAAAAAUUUGAUGGACGACAAUACAGGCGUUUAUGUGAUAGAGACAACUGCUUGACAUCUGUACAAGGUCCCAUCUAUUAUACGAAUGGUCUAUGUCCAAAACAUUGGCAAGACAGUCAAUUGAAUGCCACUGAGUCAGAUCCAGCACAUCAGUCGCAGCCACAACAACAGUAUUAUUAUCAAAAAAGUGAUCGAACAUCGACUCAUCAACGAACAAAUAGUAUGGAAAAAAUCGAUACGAAUGGACGACCAACGAUUACCACAACAACACCAUCUGCGGUAACAGGGACACUAUUGCUUACAUCACAAAAGGUAAAAGUUGCUGGUCGUCGUGCAAAAUCAUCAAUGAGUAAAAAACGUCGUCUGGUGUCCUCAGGGAGUACAGUACCGAAACCUAGUCGUCGUUUAACAGUAGCUGCCACGUCAUCAUCCGUAAAUCUGAAUAAUCCAACAAAAGGCGAUGUUGUUCUCUUAGAAAACGGUUCACGUAAAAAGUUUGAUGGCGUGGUAUGGAGAAAAACCUGUUCACUUUCUCAUUGUUUCAUUGCUGCACAAAAAAAUGAAUUAUGUCGAAAACAUUAUUUACAAUACAAUGGACAAUUAGAUGUGGCUAUACGAGAUAACAAUAAUGAACAUUCAACAGUAUCAAAAAAAAAAAGCACAUCCCCGAUGGAAAAAAGUAAUGAAACGAAAACUAAAUUUGAAGAUGAAGAAAAUUAUGAUGUAGCAAACAGUAUUGACAGUUCGAAUGAGGAAGAAGAACAUGAAGUCGCAGAUUAUGAAGAAAAAGAACUUGACUGUGAUGAGGAAAAUGGGGAAGUUAAUGAUGAUGAUGAUUUAUCAGUUGAUUAUAUUGAAAAUAGUUUAAUUAAUUCAUUAUCAGCUAGUCGAGAAAAAUUUCCAACAAGUAUAUUGAAAAAAUGGUUGUUUGAUCAUAAAGAUAAUCUUUAUCCAACACAUGAGGAUAAAAUAAAAUUGGCUGAUCAAUCGAAUAUCACCUAUGAACAAGUUGGAACGUGGUUUAAUAAUGCGAGAGCAAUUUUAAAAAGACGACAAAAAAAUUUUCAACAAUCAACAAUUCCAUUCGGUCAACAUCAACGGAAACGUGGUAGUAUGAAAUCAAAAUUAGAACUAUCAACAAAUCUCGGUGCAAAUUUAGAUGGAGUUCAAUUUUUGAAUGAUAUUUCUACACGCUCAAUUGGCAUUCAAUGUAAUCCAUCUGUUGUCAAUCAAUCGACGACAACCACAACAAAUUAUAAUAUACCACAAAUUAAACAAGAAUAUGAACAGAGAAUGAUUCGAACUGUACAACCAUCAUCCAAUGAAAAUAAGGAUAAUUCGAAUAUGCAACAUGACAGUGAAAAAAUAUCAAUCGAAAACAAAUCAAAUGAAAAAUUAUUUUCAGAAAAUGGUUAUGAUGUGAAAAUUGAUCAUUUAAUGGAUAUUGUACCUGCACAAUUAACUAAUGAUUUAUUAUGGAAAUACGAUAGACAAGAAGAAAUUAUUAUUACAAGUACCUGUUUGAAUGAUGAUCAAAUGACCCAAUUAAAAGAAUUCUGCACCAGAUUUGAGGUAAAAAUGUCACAAGUUGUUGAUCAAACUACGACACAUUUAAUUACAGAUGAAGAGGAUAAUUCAUUAAUAUGUCCUCUAUCAAAAAAAGUCAUUCAAGCUGUUGCACGUCACAUGUAUGUUAUCAGUUAUCGAUGGAUAAAUCAAUGUUUAGUAAAAAACAAAAUAAUCGAUGAGAAAAACUAUGAAAUUCGUGGUGAUUUAACACUUUCAUCGGAUCAUAAUGGUAUGCAACGUUCACGUUUAAAUGUAUUACCAAAAACAAUACCAUCAACGUUACUCCUUGAUAAUUAUUCGAUAAUGAUUAAAUGUGAUGGAUGCCAAGAUAUGAUGAAUAAUGAUGAAUUAAUUGAACUUGUUCGAUUAAGUGGAGCAAAUUAUACUACAGAUUCACAUUUUUCUCGAAUAUCACGUUCAGUUAUACGUGUUGUUCUAUGUGAAAAAGAAUAUUUACAUAAUCGAAAAGAAAUGUACGAUAAGUGUGUCAAAGUCGGUGUUCAUUUUCUCACACCUGAAUGGUUUUUGGAAUCAAUUGUGCAAUAUAAAGUUCAACCAUUUCAUGAAUAUCAAAUUAUACCAUCAAUUGAACGAUAA